AUGCAAGGAUACCGCUCUUUUCCUUUGGAAAGUGCUGAGUCGCAGGUUUCAGACGUGCUGAGGGGCACCCAGCUGUGCGCGGUGCUGGCGCACCUGCGCGCCCAGCCCUUCCCCUGCCCACACACCUGCAGCUGUACCUUCCGGGACGCCGCCCAGUGCUCCGGCGGCGGCGUGUCGCGCGUUGCAGCGCUCGGCCUGCCCACCAACCUCACGCACCUCCUGCUUUUCCAAAUGGGCCCCAGCACCUUGCAGAAUCACAGCUUCAGGGGCAUGACGGUACUGCAGCGCCCGAUACUGUUAGAUAGCAACAUUUCCGCCAUCGCCCCUGGCACCUUCAAUGACCUGAUAAAACUAAAAACCCUGAGGUUGUCUCACAACAAGAUCACUCAUCUUCCAGGCGCGCUCUUGGAUAAGAUGGUGCUCCUGGAACAGUUGUUUUUGAACCACAAUGAGCUACAGGGCAUUGACCAAAACAUGUUUCAAAAACUGGUUAACCUGCAGGAGCUCUCUUUAAAGCACAGUCAACUCGUUUUCCUUCCUGUUAGCCUCUUCACACAUCUGGGGAACCUGAGAUUGUUGGAUUUAUCGGAAAACAAUUUAACUCACCUGCCCAAGGGAUUGCUGGGGGCACAGGCUAAGCUUGGGAAACUUCUGCUGUACUCGAACCAGCUCGUCUCUCUGGAUUCCAGGCUAUUCGAUAGUCUGCGCACCCUGAUUGAGCUGCGGCUCGACGGAAACCGCAUCCGUUCUAUAGCGCCCAGGACCUUCGACCUGCUCCGCAACCUGAGCCGUCUGACUCUUUCCAGAAACCAGCUCGAGUUCCUGCUCUCUGCACUCUUCCUCCAUUUGCACAAUUUGAACUUCUUGACACUGUUCGAGAACCCGCUGGAAGAGCUCCCGCAGGUGCUCUUCGGGGAGAUGGCGGGCCUGCAGGGGCUGUGGCUAAACGGCACGCCGUUGCGCACCCUGCCCGCCGCCGUCUUCAGCAACUUGAGCCGCUUGUGAGUGUUAGAGGUGACCCUGAACCCGCGCGUGAGCGCGCUCCCAGGGGGCGCGUUCCGCGGCCUCGGCGAGCUCCGGGUGCUCGCCUUGCACUCCAACAGUCUGGCCUCCCUCCCCGACGGCCUGCUGCGCGGCCUCGGCCAGUUGCGCCAAGUGCCGCUGCGCCGCAACAAGCUGCGGGCCCUGCCCCGCACGCUCUUCCGCGACCUCCGGAACCUCGCAGAGGUCCAGCUUGACCAUAACCAGCUGGAGACCAUCCCUGGCGACGUCUUUGGGGCUCUGCCCCGGCUGGAGGAGGUCCGGCUGGGGCACAAUCCCUGGCGCUGCGACUGCGGCCUGCCGCCGUUCCUGGUGUGGCUACAACACCCGGGCCGCGUGGGCAAAGCCGAGCCCCUGCAGCGCCAGGGCCCAGCGCAGCGCGCUGGCCUGCCGCUCCAGGCGCUGCAGGACAGCGAUCUGGGGUGCCCGAGCACCCGAGGCCCGCCUCCCCUCUCUCCCUCUCCCGCUCCGCCCCGGCCGGCGCUGCCUGCGGCCCGCGACCCCCCAGCCUUGGUGCCUAGUAGCUCAGAACCCUGGGCGUGGGCCCAGCAUGAGGCCGAGGGCAACGGUCAAGACCAUAGCCUGUUCUGGGGGUUUUAUUUUCUGCUUGCUACUCAGGCCGUAAUUACCGGGAUCAUUGUGUUUGCUAUGAUUAAACUCGGCCGGCUCUUUCGAAAAUUAAUCAGAGAGAGAGCUCUUGUUUGAGUCAAUGGGAAAACCUUCCAAUUAAUUAAAACGUGA